AUGGCCAAGAUUAUGAUCCUCCUCCUCCUGCUUAGUAGUGUCCUUGUUGUUGCGGAUCAAGCCGCUGCCGCGGCGACGCAAUUGUCCCCCACCGCCGAAAAGUACAUUGGCGACCUCGACUUAUGGAUCCAGAAGGUUAUCAGUGCUGUCGUCUCCGCCGCCCUACCGGCCAAGUAG